UUUCCAGGUGGCGAACACCACUGUGGAGUUAAUGAGCUGAUCUGCGUCAGGAAAGUUUCUCCAGAGGUGCUGGGCUUUUUGACAGCCAUCGCGCUCUUCAUCGUCCUCGUGACUCUUCUCUUCUGGUUCCUCAACAACAAGUUGGCCCUCGAGAACCCGGAGAGCCUUCAGUGCCUUGAUGACUUCAGGAAAAACUCCGAGCUGCAAGACAAGGCCUCCUCUGAGGCCGACCUGCAGGACUCCUCAUCGGACAGUGAGGACGAGCUGAUGGGUCAGUAUCAGGAGGCGGUCAACCGCUCCCAAGGCCUCCGUGGGAGAGGAGCCGCCGCCUGCUACCCCAAACACCCGGGAGGUUUCAUCUGGGAGAGCCGGCAGAAGUACAGCCCACUGACCGCUGAUUACGGCGGCUACAGCAGCGAGGCCUCGGCCGAUGACGCCAAUUGUAUCCAGAGGAUGAGAAGAACACCGCCACUGGAUGAGCUUCAGCCGCCUCCCUAUCAGGAUGAGAACGGCUCUCCGAGGAUGUCGUGCACUCUGUCGGACUUGGGCGAUGCCAAAUGCGAUCUGUCCCAAACCAGCGGCAGUCCACACCUUUCUUUUGGAAAAUGUUUGAGUGAGGGCAGCGACGGUCAAGAGUAUGAGAGUUAUCUCAACAAAGGCUACGAGGAGGAUGCUCCCAGUGACAGUACAGCUGUCCUCAGCCCGGAGGUCAUAGGUCAUAGGUCGGCUGCGCGGCUCCCUAAAGGUUACGAGCCAGACUCCGCUGCCAAAUAUGGCACCCUGGACGUCGUGUUCGACUACGACUCAGAGGAGCAGCGGCUGACUCUGACCAUCAUGGCAGUGACUGAUCUUCCCUCCAUCAAACACACUGGCAACAUUUCCUGGCAGGUCCACCUGGUGCUCCUGCCAACCAAGAAGCAGAGGGCGAAGACGGGCAUCCAGCGAGGCCCGUGUCCCAUCUUCACUGAGACAUUUCACUUCAGCCACGUGGAAUCCGAGAUGAUCAGCAAUUAUGCCCUCCGAUUCCGCCUUUACAGCAUGAGACGUAUGAAGAAGGAGAAGGUGUUUGGAGAAAAGGUGUUCUACCUCACCAAGCUCAACCUUCAGGGCAAAAUGUCUGUGCCGGUCAUAUUGGACCCCUGCUGUGCACUCCCGGGCGGUGAAUCCCAGGUCAGCCUCUCAGAUAUGACUUGCAGCGAAAGCGCCUCGUCGUUCCAGUCCGUCAGUCAGUCGUCCAUGCCGGAGAUCCUCGUGGGCUUGAUCUACAACGCCACGACUGGCCGUCUCUCUGUGGAAGUCAUCAAGGGCAUCCACUUCAAAAACCUGGCUGCCAACAAGCCACCCAACGGGCUGUUCUGUUGUCUAAAACACUUAAUAGGUGGACAGGUUUAUAUAAUCAGAGAUACGUACGUUAAGCUGACCUUACUGAACUCCAUGGGCCACGAAAUGUCCAAGUGUAAGACAUCCAUCUGUCGAGGCCAACCCAACCCGACCUACAAAGAGACAUUUGUCUUCCAGGUGGCUCUUUUCCAGCUCUCUGAUGUCACGCUCAUCCUCUCCGUCUACAACAAGCGCAGCAUGAAGCGUAAGGAGAUGAUUGGCUGGAUUUCUCUGGGCCUGAACAGCUCCGGAGAGGACGAGCUCACCCACUGGACUCAGAUGAAGGAGUCCAAAGGACAGCAGGUCUGCCGCUGGCACAGUUUGCUGGAGUCCUAACGGUGAUGGAGGAGCAGGUUGAGGGGAUCUGAGCGAGGACAGCCACAAAAUGCAGGUUCAUCACAGAUGAACCCGAGGGGUUCUGCUGGAAGACAUGAUUGGUGAACAAGAGUUGUUGUUGGAGGAUUUUGGAAUGAACCAAACAUCUGCACUCGUGUGUCCAACUGCUCAUUUCACGGCACUGUGGGUCAAAUGACCACCGA